AUGACAUCUAGGAGUCGCCGAUUAACUGAAUCUGAGAUUCAGAAGUUUAUAGAUGAACUUGAUGACAGUGAAAUUGAUGGUUGCGAAGAUGAUUCUUUAAUUUCCACUGAUGAUUCAUUAGAACUUACAUCAGAAUCUGAAACGUCGGAAGAAGAGGAUGCUUCGGAUAUCGAAUUUAUUCAACCAAGAAUAAAUGGAGCAGUUUCUUUAGAUCUUUCUCAUGUUGAAAAUAACAACACCAGCAAUAUUGUAGUAACUGGUGGUAAUAUAGCUGAAUUGCAACCACUGCAAAAUCGUCUUUGUAAGACCAAUCAAUCUAAUAAUGAUAAUGGUAAUAGCAAUAUUUUUAUAUGGGAUGACAUUCCUAGACAACAAAAAGAAUUUCCAUUUUCUGCAAUCAAUAAAGUGAAUAAAGUUCCUGAGAAGCAUGAUUGUCCACUUGCAGUACUGAAGACAUUUUUAACAGAUGAUAUUAUCAACAAUAUUGUCCAAUACACAAAUAGGUAUGUCCAGCUUGCUAAAUUAACUCCAAAAAUAAUGCAAAGAAUGGAAACAAAAAAAAUAAGUUGCUUCAACUUAUGGGUUGAUUUGACAUUUGAUGAACUUUGGGUAUACAUUGCAAUAAUAUCUCUAAUGGGAAUAGUAAACAAGCCUAAUUAUCAUAUGUUUUGGACUAAAGACCAUAUAUUUUCUACACCUAUUUUUUCCAGACUCAUGCGUCGUGAUCGAUUUGAGUCCAUUCGUAAAAUGAUGCAUUUUACAGAUCCUGGAAAUGAAAAUCAUGAUGAUAGUUUGUGUAAGCUUAGGUCUUUGAUAGAUAGUUUAUCAAAAUGUUUUUCUGAAAAUUAUACUCCUGAGCAAAAUGUCUCAGUAGAUGAGUAUCUUUCCCUUUGGAAAGGUCGUUUGAAGUUCCGUGUUUUUAUCCCAACUAAGCGUGAACGCUACGGAAUCAAAUUAUACAUGUGUUGUGAAAGUAAGACUGGUUAUUUGUAUAGCUUUAUAAUAUAUACUGGUUCAGAUACAGACUAUCCUGCACCCAGUAACAUUACAUUUCCAAAAGCAUUUGAUGAGUAUGCAAGUUACUCAAAAGUAGUAUUAUCAUUAAUAGAUGGACUGUACAAACAAGGUUACUGUGUAACGAUAGAUAAUUUUUACACUUCACCUGAACUUUUGAUGGCCCUAUUUUAUAACCAAACGGAUUGUUUUGGCACACUGCGUCGAAAAAAAGGACUUCCUAGGGACUUCUGGAAUUGGAAGCCUUCUAAAGGCAUAGGUCAACCAGUUUUGAAAAUGUUUUGUGCCGAAAAAAUUAUGAUAAUGAGAUGGAAUGAUCCUUACAAAACCAAAUCAACAAAAAUUGUUUCAAUAAUGUCAACAAAACAUACUGGUCAGUUAGUUGAAACUGGAAAAGUUCACUUCUCUUUGAAAAGUCCCAUUAUAAAACCAGAUGUUGUAUUAGAAUACAAUAAAACAUUGGGUGGUGUAGAUACCUUGAGCCGUGUUAUAAGUCUUGAAAAAGCACAUCAAAAUUUAAAACAAGCAGAGUUAAACACCUCAUCUCUUGACUCAGAUUGA